AUGUGCGCCAAACUUCAUAACCACAGCCACCUGCUCCGGCUUGUAAUCUCUUGCCGGAAACUGACGGCCCAGGUGACUCACCCAAGCACCGAUUCCAUCAUCGCCAUGGCCUCCUCUUCCGAGCAAGAGCUCCUCCCGCAAUACCGCGCCUGGCUCAACCGCUUCCCACGCCAGAACCAUCGCUUCUGGGACUCCAAGGUCGCCGCCCGCAUCGGCUACAAGCUAGCCCUCGGCCUCCGUGAGAUCGGCGUAUCCACCGUCACCGUCGAUCUCCACGAAGAGCUCUCCCGCCCUGUCUUCCUCCGCAGGAUGGUGCUCCCGCUGUUCGAUUCAGUGCAGCGCGCCGGCGUCGAGGUCGAUGGAGCCGACGAGUUGACCUAG